AUGGGAUCAGAGAGGACGGAGAUACGCAAACGGCAGAUGGCUGCGACCCCGGAGACCCCAGGUGCUGCACAGGCUCAGCUCAGCACAGGAAACCGAGGGUCCAAUGCCUGCUGCUUUUGUUGGUGCUGUUGCUGCAGCUGCUCAUGUCUUACUGUUAGAAAUCAAGACGAAGAGAGAGCAAGGAGAACAUCUCAUGAACUCCAAGCAGAGGGUAUUCCAAACUGUGAGGAAAGUCCUGCUCCCACUCUCGAAGAAGUAAAUGCCUGGGCUCAAUCAUUUGACAAGUUGAUGCUUACUCCAGCUGGCAGAAAUGCUUUUCGUGAAUUUCUACGAACAGAAUUCAGUGAGGAAAACAUGCUUUUCUGGAUGGCCUGUGAGGAACUAAAACAAGAAUCCAACAAAACUGUCAUUGAAGAAAAAGCAAGACUAAUUUAUGAAGAUUACAUUUCUAUCCUUUCUCCAAAAGAGGUCAGUCUGGACUCCAGAGUAAGAGAAGUUAUUAACCGAAAUAUGCUGGAACCCUCACAGCACACCUUUGAUGAUGCACAGCUUCAAAUUUAUACCUUAAUGCACAGAGACUCCUACCCACGGUUUAUGAACUCUGCUAUUUAUAAGGACUUGCUUCAGUCCUUGUCUGAAAAAUCCAUCGAAGCAUAGAAUUUUUUCUUAAUUGUAUUUAUUUUAAAACAGACAGGACUCUGGGCUACAGAAAUCCACAGGGAAUUUAGAAUUUAUCAGAUAUUUACCUGAAAAUAACUCAGGCAAGUUUUACUACAGACUGAAUAAUUUAAAUCUGCACAAAGCUCUGACACAAUCAGCUAAGUACAGUUUCUGAUUAAAUUCAGUAUUACUUUGCAAAAGGAAAUGAAGAGAAUGAAGAAGAAACGUUGCUCAAAAAUGCAGUAUUUUUUCAAACACAGCAGACAAUUCAGACACAAAGCUAUUACAACUUAUGUCUGAGGUGCAAAUACCAACUGAGCAUGAAACUAAAACCGAUUUUUAAGUGGAGUGUUAGAAUUUUCUUGAAAACCAAACCAGUUUCCCCAUCCACACUGUGACCAAAGUAAAAAUAUUACUGUCAAUACUGUGUUACUCUAGGCAGUGCCAUCACACCUGGAACAGGUACACUUCACUUGUUUUUGGUAUAUUUAAUGCAUACACGGUGAACUAAUGGAAUUGGAACGGCAAUCUCAAGUUUAUGAAAGCUACUGGUUGACAUAAUGCUGCUUAUAAAAAAAAAUCUUUUGCUGAAGAAUUGUUAUUUUAGUACUAGAAUCUGCUGAAAUCAUUAAGUUCCCUUUGUUGAUGUUCAUAAAGUCAAAUUAUUUAUUUCAAAGGAAAACAAGUCUGGGCAUUCA